GUGUGAAACAUAAGAAUCAAAAAGUAAUUGACAAUCUUGAUAAAAUGAUGAAGACAUUGAUCUUUGUUUUGGUUUUGGCGAGCAGUAGUGCAAAUCCUAGGGUUCAUUGUAUUCAAGAUACACUCACAGAAGAUAUAGAGCUACAACGCCAACUAAAUCUCAUUAACAAGCCUCCCAUUAAAACUAUUCAUACAAAGUAUGGAGAUACAGUUGACUGCAUCGAUAUCAAUAGACAACCGGCUUUUGAUCAUCCUUUAUUAAAGGAUCAUGUAUUACAAAAAAACCCUAGCAAUCGAAAACCAAUUGAAAAAUCAAGUAUAAAGAAAUUACUAGGUACACUCGCAUUUGGAUUUGAUAAAGACCAAUGUCCUAAAGGCACGAUUCCUAUUCAGAGAACAAAAAAAGAAUAUCUUAUUCAAGAAAAACAACUACGAAAUAGCAGUAUUUUUACCAAAGAUGUUCCUGGUCUUCACGUUGCAGAGAUGGGUGUUUCCUCAAAAUUUGGUCCAUAUUAUGAAGUUAAAGGAACCACUAGCGUUUAUAACCCAAGAGUUAGUAAGGGUCAAAUGUCACUUUCUCAUGUGUGGGUUCAAAGUAGAGGUGAAAACAAAAUCAGUGCUGGAUGGCAGGUGUAUUCGGAUUUGUACGGUGACAAUCGAACCCAUUUUUAUGCAUCAUGGACGAGAGACAAUUUUCGUAAGACGGGAUGUUACAAUGUUCGAUGUCCAGGUUUUGUUCACAGUAAUAGUUAUGCUUAUCUUGGUGAACCUUUUCUGAAUAUAUCAGUGUAUGGUGGACCAAUUUAUCAUUUUUCCACUUCUAUUAGUCAGGACCCAGUGUCAAAAAACUGGUGGCUAUAUGUAAACAAUGUUGAUAUUGGAUAUUUUCCGGUAGAAUUGUUCUCCGGCAUGAAUUCGGCAGAUGAAGUAGGAUGGGGUGGAACAACAUCAACUCCUCAAGAUUCUUCUAGUCCUCCGAUAGGAUAUGGACAUUUUCCUGAUAGAAAAUUUUUUCAUUCAUGUUAUUUCAUACGCAUGUCUUAUAUGAAUAUAUCCAAAAAAAACAAUGAACCUAAAAAACAUCAAAUAAAAAAGUACAUAGACAAUCCUGAGUGUUUUGGUCUUAGUUACUAUGGUAAUCUUCAUAAAUCUGUGGAUUAUAGUAUUCAAUUUGGAGGACCUGGUGGUAGUUGUAGUAAUUGAUCAGUUACAUUUUAGUUAUAAAUU